GUUUGUUCAGGAUUCAUUUAAUGGUUUGCUUCAUCAUCUGGAGAAUUAAAAUCUAUUUUUUUUUUCAUGUAGUUUGCAUUCUAGGUGAUGCAAGACUUUUGUCCGUAGCUGUAGACCUGUUUAGCACAAGGUUGAAUAUACCUCCUCUUAUCAGAUCCCUGUUUCUGCCUCAAAACACACUCCUGCAGCUUCAGCUGGGCUCCAGUGCACUUUCUUUAAGCCUUUGCCGAGCCCUGCAAAGCUGCCUCUUGCUUUAUUUCACCCUGCCGCUGUGUUCUCACCUGUUUAAUGAGCAGACAGGUAAAGGAGGUGCAGGUUUCACUAGACGCUCGCCCUGCGCCCCGUGGGUGUCAGAAUCCAGUCCUCGAGGGGUCCCUGCGGGGUCUCCUGGUUUUCAUCUCGACUUCGGCUCUCAAUUCGCUGAUCUCGUCAUUCGUUUGUCUUUAAUAUUUGUUCUUUUUUUUUACAGUUGAUGAUGAUUCAUAAGAAUGUGUUUGAUUCAAGCUGCCCGACCUGUGAAACAUUGUGAGGCCUGGGAGAGAAGUUGUCCAAUUAAUCAAAUAAUUAGACCAAUUAAGUAAUUGAGAGCUGGAGGGGGGUGGAACGAAAGCCAGAAAGCAGGACCGGAGUUUGACAGCCCUUCUGCUCUCUCCACAGUGUCCCCCCCCCAGCUCCCUGUCGCUAUGAAAUCAGCUGAAGACCAGGUGGUGGAGGAUGAAGUGGCCUUCCAGGAUGACGAAGAGUUGUUUUUCCAGGACAUCGAUCUCCUGCAGAAACAUGGAAUUAACGUGGCUGACAUCAAGAAGCUGAAGACUGUGGGGAUCUGCACUGUCAAGGGCAUUCAGAUGAUGACACGCCGCGCUCUGUGCAACAUCAAGGGGCUGUCCGAGGCCAAGGUGGACAAGAUCAAAGAGGCAGCCAACAAGCUGGUGGAGCCCGGGUUUCUGACAGCCUUCGAGUACAGUGAGAAGAGGAAGACAGUGUUUCACAUCUCCACAGGCAGCCAGGAGUUUGACAAACUGUUAGGAGGAGGAGUUGAGAGCAUGGCCAUCACUGAAGCAUUUGGAGAAUUUCGGACGGGAAAGACGCAGCUCUCCCACACGCUCUGCGUGACGGCUCAGCUCCCAGGAGCAGCGGGAUACUCUGGAGGGAAAAUCAUCUUCAUCGACACGGAGAACACCUUCCGCCCCGAUCGACUGAAGGACAUCGCUGACCGAUUCAACGUGGACCAGGACGCUGUGCUGGACAACGUGCUGUACGCGCGCGCCUACACCAGUGAGCACCAGAUGGAGCUGCUGGAUUUUGUGGCAGCGAAAUUCCACGAAGAGGCCGGGGUCUUCAAACUGCUGAUCGUGGACUCGAUCAUGGCUCUGUUCCGGGUUGAUUUCUCUCUCCCUGUCCCUCUCGCUCUCUCCCUCUCUCUCCCCCACCCUAACCCCGGGCUCUGCUCUCUGUAGAUCGUGGACUCGAUCAUGGCUCUGUUCCGGGUUGAUUUCUCUCUCCCUGUCCCUCUCGCUCUCUCCCUCUCUCUCCCCCACCCUAACCCCGGGCUCUGCUCUCUGUAGAUCGUGGACUCGAUCAUGGCUCUGUUCCGGGUUGAUUUCUCUCUCCCUGUCCCUCUCGCUCUCUCCCUCUCUCUCCCCCACCCUAACCCCGGGCUCUGCUCUCUGUAGAUCGUGGACUCGAUCAUGGCUCUGUUCCGGGUUGAUUUCUCGGGCCGGGGGGAGCUGGCGGAGAGGCAGCAGA